AUGGAAGGCCUUCUGGAGGUGACUGAGGGUUACGGUCUCUUGCCCUUUCAAUGUGUCUUGGGAUACCACACUACCUCGUUCCCAAAUGAGACACCUCAGAACCAGAUCCGAGCAGUGUUGACCUGGCACCAAGAGAGCGAGAGGGAAUGGUGGACAGUGCACAACCACCUGUGGCAAAGUUCGGAGAAGUACAAACGGCAAGCGGACCGGCACCGACGCACCCUCUCCUUUUUGCCCAGGCAAUGGUCUGGCUCUUCGAAGAAACUCAGGCCCCGCUACAUCGGCUCGUUCAAGGUCUUGCGGAGAGUGACCCCGGUGACCUACUGCCUACAGUCACUGUGGUGGACUUUUGGUAGCGGCACCAAACUGGAAGUUGGCAGCAACGCUGCCCCCGUCCUCACGGUCCUGCCCCCGUCCAGUCAAGAGGUGUCCGGUAAGAACAAGGCCACGCUGACGUGUCUGGCCAACAAGGGCUUCCCCUCCGACUGGAAGCUGGAGUGGACGGUGGACGGCAGGACCAAGCCUGGGGACGCGAGCCGCGGACUCCUGGACAAGGACGGCAAGUACAGCUGGAGCAGCACGCUGACCCUCCCUGCGGACGAGUGGACGAAGGCGGGCACGGUGGUCUGCAAGGCCACUCAGGGCUCCCAGACUCCAGUUCUGGAGACGAUGAAGAGAGCCGACUGCCCCGUGUAGAUGGGCGUCUCAUUACUGUGUUUUUACUCUGUGCUCUACUCCACUCUUACUGUUUUCGUAACUAGUAACAUAGAGGUUAAUAAUGUGCUUUGCUCCACUAUAUAUG